CUAAAGAAUAGAAAAAAAAACAGAUGCUGAUUCUCAAUGUCAAUUGCUAAAAAUGAAUAUAAAUCAGUUGUAUUAUGGCAUAUGAAUGGCUGUAUAGCAACCUUUUAUGAAUCGAAACCAGAUAACCAAAAGAAAAAAGUGCCCAUCGAAACAGUUAGUUUUACUACUAAAGCUUAUUUAGCAUUUAAGAAAAUGAAUAGUUUGCAAAUUGCUCCACCUGCUGUGCCUUAUUUAGAAAAUUUGACAUCACUUCAACUUCAAAACAAUCAUCUUGUUUCUUUACCUCAUGAAUUAUGGCGGUUAACUAAUCUACAGGAAUUAAAUUUAGGAAGUAACCAACUAAAAGAAUUACCCAUGCAAAUAGGCUUACUUGUCAAUCUACGUCAACUCUUUUUACACAAUAAUCACUUGACAAGCAUUCCUUCUCAAAUAGGCAAUUUAAAACAAUUGUCACUGAUCGAUCUAACAGAUAAUAAUCGUCUUAUUCAUUUACCUGCUGAAAUCUUAGAAUUAAAAAAAUUAAAAGUGCUAUGGCUAGGAAAUAAUAAUUUCUGUCAACAAAAAACAAAUGAUUUAAAAGUUAUAACUCUAAAAAGUAUAUGUCUACAAACAAUAGGCCUUCUAUGCUCUAUAGAUCAAGAAUCAAAGCAAAUUAUUUCCGAAAAUCUCCCAGAAUCCGUCUUGGAAGAUAAAUCAAUCUUACUCUCUUCAGCUGACAAAGACUUGAGAACACUUAUACCUAGAUGCUAUUAUUGCUCUUCUUUGUUAUUUCAUUCUGAUUUACAUCUUAUAAAAUUAAAUAAGGAGAACUUGCCAUUCUUAUUUAGAGCUUGUAGUCAAACUUGUUAUGUAAAUAUUUAUAAUAAUUCUAUAUUAUAUUAA